AUGGAGUCCCAACUUUUUGAUGUUAUUGUGGUGGGUGGUGGCCCCGUGGGGUUGGCUGCUGCGUACGAGGUCGCAAAAGCCGGCAAGAAAGUUCUCGUGCUUGAGCAAAACAACUUCUUCAACCAGGCUGGAAGUUCAGGUGACUUGGCACGCAUGUUCCGAACCAUGUACACGGAAGAAUACAUGGCUCGCCUCGCAAAAGAGGCCAUGGGCCAUUGGGGUGCUCUGGAGAAAGACGCAGGUGUCUCGUUGCGCUGGAUGACCGGCCUUCUCAACUUUGGCGACAAGGAUUACGGCGAAAGCACUCCUGAAGGAACGUUAAGAGGACCGAUUGACAACCUGAAGCUACUUGAUAUGAGCUACAAAGAGUUGAGCGCUGCGAAGAUUGAAGCCCAGUAUCCAUUCAAGAAUCUCAACCCCAAUUGGACCGGCGUCUAUGCCCCUGACAAUGGUGUCAUCAACGUUCAACAGCUCUUGCGGAGUCUACUCAGCUUAGCCAAAGACUACGGUGCACAGGCUAAGCAGCACACGGCGGUCAAGAAGAUCGUGCCAUCCAAGGAAGACAGCUCCAUCUGGCAUGUCCACACUCUGUCUCACAGUCAGAGCUCUGCCGUUUACUCCACCAAGAAGAUCGUCAUUACCUGUGGCAGCUACGUCAAUCACGUUUUGAAGCCCAGUUUUGACGUUUCGUUGGACCUACAAAUUUGGGAAAUGGUUGCAAGCUACUUCAACGCAAACGCUGGACCCAGUGGCACCAUCUUUCCCAGCAUGUGGUUUCAAUUUGCGCCCGACAAAAACGACAGAUCUCAAUUGUUCUACGGCAUGCCGGCAGUCCCAUGGGGGCCUCCCAACGCUGUCCGUAUUGCAGUGGAUGCGGCUACUAGAGUAAUCAAGGACCCCGACGAGAGGCAAGCGAAUGUCUUUGAUCCGGAAGACAUUCGUGACACUCAAGACUUCAUCAGGGAUCACGUCGUUGGUGUUGACUACACCGUCCCUGCAUCCACCGUCAGCUGCUUGCAGACCAAUGUUUUCGACAACAUGUUCGUUCUUGACUUUCUCCCGAAGGAAUACCUCCGCGGGGGUCCUGAAAAGAGCAUCGCCAUCUUUACUGCUGGCUGGGCCAUGAAGUUUGUCCCACUUCUGGGCAAGGCAUUAGCAGAGAUGGCUCUAUGCGGGAAAUCUGAGUAUGCACGCAAAGAAUUUGCGAUUACGCGUAGGGACCCGAAGACUGGAAAGGGUAUCAUUGUAGACAAGACCGAAGGCGUUGAAGCAUUGAGAAUUAGCUCAUCUGGCCCUAAGAAGCAAGCCAAGGGAUCAUCUUUCCGACGCUAA